AGAGCGUGAGCCGUGAUACAUAUCAACAUCCACAUAUACACACAGACUCACUCUCUAUAUAUACACCACUCCACUCUCAAACGACUCAUCCUAUUUUCACUUUCUCUCUCUACAAGCUCAGUUUGUGUUUGAGUAGCCGACUCUCAAUUAGGGUUUUUCGAUUUUUUCGGAGGAAGUGUGAUAAUGGAAGCAUCUGAUGCAGAAGUUAAUGGAGCUAAUGGUAAUGGUGUUAAUGGGAAUGGUGUUAACGGGACUAACGGUGUUAACGGGAAUGGUAAUGGUGCAGUAGAGGAGGCUUUGCCACCGCCUCCUCCCAUACCUGAAGAUGUUGUUCCCAUUCGUGUAGUAGAAGAUCCUGAGCCGCCUGUGGUGAAGAAGCCUCCACGAGUGCCUAUUGCGAGGCGUGGCCUUGCAUCAAAAGGGAACAAAGUUCAGCUCCUAACUAAUCACUUCAAAGUGAAUGUCACAAAUGUUGAUGGACACUUUUUCCACUACAGUGUUGCCCUGUUUUAUGAAGAUGGACGCCCAGUAGAUGGGAAAGGUAUCGGUAGGAAAGUGCUUGAUCGUGUGCAUGACACUUACAAGGCGGAGUUGGAAGGGAAGGACUUCGCUUAUGAUGGGGAAAAGAGCCUGUUCACCGUUGGAUCUCUCCCAAGGAACAAGCUUGAGUUCACUGUUGUGCUUGAGGACAUGUCCUCUAAUAAGGUCAAAGGGAAUAGCAGUCCUGCUGCUGAUGGAAGCCCCCAUGAGAGCGAUCGCAAGAGAAUGAGGCGCCCAUACCAAUCGAAGACUUACAAGGUGGAGAUCUCUUACGCUGCAAAGAUCCCAAUGCAGGCCAUUGCACAAGCUUUACGUGGUCAGGAAUCUGAGAACUCUCAAGAAGCCCUAAGGGUUCUGGACAUCAUCCUCCGACAGCAUGCAGCUAAACAGGGCUGCCUCCUGGUGCGACAAUCAUUCUUUCACAAUGAUGUGAAUAAUUUUACUGAUGUUGGUGGUGGUGUUCUUGGUUGUCGUGGAUUUCAUUCGAGUUUCCGUACCACACAGGGUGGCUUGUCUUUGAAUAUAGAUGUAUCUACCACGAUGAUUAUUCAGCCUGGACCAGUUGUUGAUUUCUUGAUAGCGAACCAGAAUGCCAAGGACCCAUUCACUCUUGACUGGGCAAAGGCCAAGCGAGUUCUGAAAAAUUUGAGGGUCAAGACAAUUCCAACUAACACUGAGUUCAAGAUUACUGGACUUAGCGAUAAGAGCUGCAAAGAACUUAUGUUUUCGAUGAAGCAAAGAGGUGAGACAGAUGAGAACGGGGAGCCGCUGACGACUGAAUUAUCUGUCUAUGAUUAUUUUGUGAAUGUUAGGAAAAUCUCCCUGAAAUAUUCUGGUGAUCUUCCAUGCAUUAACGUAGGAAAACCGAAGCGACCAACAUAUAUCCCCCUGGAGCUUUGUUCCCUGGUUUCCUUGCAACGGUAUACAAAAGCUUUGACCACUCUCCAGAGAGCCCAGUUGGUGGAAAAAUCAAGGCAAAAACCUCAAGAUAGGAUGAAGACACUUACCAAUGCUUUGAGAAUCAACAACUAUGCUGAUGAGCCUUUGCUGCGUGCUUGUGGGGUUUCAGUUAGCAAUAACUUUACUCAAGUUGAAGGGCGCAUUCUUGCAGCACCAAGGUUGAGGGUGGGUAAUGGAGAGGACUUCUUUCCUCGUAAUGGGCGCUGGAACUUUAACAAUAAGAAAUUGGUGGAGCCCACUACAAUAGAUCGCUGGGCUGUUGUUAACUUCUCUGCUCGCUGCAACAUUCAAGGCCUUAUUACUGAUCUUAUCAAAUGUGGAGGGUUGAAAGGAAUUAAUAUCGCUCGCCCUUUUGAUGUGUUUGAGGAGAAUCCCCAGCAUAGGCGUGCCCCUCCUCUUGUUAGGGUUGAGAAAAUGUUUGAGUCUAUGAUGUCAAAGCUACCGGGUGCUCCACAGUUUCUUCUCUGUUUACUUCCAGAGAGGAAAAAUUCCCUUCUUUAUGGUCCCUGGAAAAGGAAGAAUCUGGCUGAGUAUGGAAUUGUUACACAGUGCAUUGCUCCAACAAGAGUCAAUGACCAGUAUUUGACAAAUGUGCUUCUUAAGAUAAAUGCCAAGCUUGGCGGUCUAAAUUCGAAGUUGUGCAUUGAAAAUUCCCCUAGUAUUCCGUUAGUAUCGAAAGUUCCUACAAUUAUUCUAGGGAUGGAUGUCUCCCAUGGAUCUCCUGGGCAAUCUGAUGUUCCAUCGAUUGCUGCGGUUGUUAGUUCAAGGCAUUGGCCAUUGAUCUCAAAGUAUAGGGCAUCAGUUCGAACACAGUCCCCAAAGGUUGAAAUGAUCGAUUCUUUGUUUAAAAAGGUUGCUGAUGACAAAGAUGAUGGGAUAAUGAGGGAACUUUUGCUGGAUUUUUACACAAGUUCUGGAAAGAGGAAACCUGAUCAAAUAAUCAUAUUUAGGGAUGGUGUCAGUGAGUCUCAGUUUAAUCAGGUUCUGAAUGUGGAACUGAACCAAAUCAUCGAGGCCUGCAAGUUCUUGGAUGAGAAAUGGUGCCCGAAGUUUACUGUUAUCAUUGCACAGAAGAAUCAUCAUACCAAGUUCUUCCAGCCGGCAUCUCCGGAUAAUGUUCCACCUGGUACUGUGAUUGACAACAGGAUCUGUCAUCCGAGAAACAAUGAUUUCUACCUCUGUGCUCAGGCUGGAAUGAUUGGCACCACAAGGCCGACCCACUAUCAUGUUCUGUUGGACGAAAUUGGUUUUUCCCCUGAUGAUCUCCAGGAAUUUGUUCAUUCUCUUUCUUAUGUGUACCAGAGAAGCACAACUGCUAUUUCUGUGGUUGCUCCAAUAUGUUAUGCUCACUUGGCAGCUACUCAGAUGGGCCAGUUCAUGAAGUUCGAUGAUAUGUCUGAAACGUCUUCAAGCCAUGGUGGAGUGACUGCUGCUGGACCCGCUCCUGUGGCUCAGUUGCCACGUUUGCAGGAGAAAGUGUGCAACUCUAUGUUCUUCGUCUAAAGACUGCUGAAUGUUUGAACUUUAGAUGGUCUUUUUAUGUAUAUAUGGUCUCCAGUCUAAACUUCUAGUCAGUUUGAGCAAGUUGUUAGAAUGCUUUUGGACAGCAAGCCUGUAUGGCUUUAGUUUAUGCUGCUUCUAUUUUGCCAGUAUGGAAUUUGGAUGAGAUGCUAAGAGUUUCUGAUCUCGCAGUGUUUUUUGUUAAUGUGCAUGGUACUUCUAGUUGAAA